AUGGGAAUAUUGGUAUUAAAGGAGAAGUAUUGUGAUUCGGAUGUUCUGGUGAUGGGAAGCAUGGUGAGGGAGAAAGGAGGUAACAGUGUUUUUAGCAAAGGCAUUCAGGGAGAAGGUUCAGAGGAGGGAGAGAUAAAGAGUAAUGUGGACAACCAGCAACCAUCUUUGGAGUUUCAGAAGGAUCUCCACAACACACAAGCUAAAGGAAUGGAGGUCAUAUCUACAGAUGAGAAUCCAGAUGAGGAGUUUGAGGUGAUGCUAAAAGAACAUGAGGAGGAAGCAAUGGCGGAGGAUGAGGAUUAUGGGGAGGUGAAGGAACAAAAGAAUGCAGAGGAGGCGACGGAUACAGUGGGAGGAGAGCAGGAGAAGAAUAAAGGGGUACGUAGGAGGCUAGUAAAACCGUUGACCAACACUUUAGGAAGCAACAAGAUGCAGACUGUCACAUCACUAAUUUCCCCACGGAAACGAACCAUGACUAAAGGAGGAGCAAGGAAGGGGGAUAAUAUCAAGCCACCGGACGGCAUAGGACUCUCUAACCCGAAGCCCGGGCACUCGAAACCUUAA